AUGACAAUCGAAGAUUGGCGAAUGAUAGCACUUAUGUGUGCAUUAUUUCCUAUAUUAUCGAUUGCACUGAUCGUGAUAGUAUUACCAGAAUCCCCUAUGUGGUAUCGAGAACGCGGUAGAUUGGAGGAAGCAGUGGAAACGUUAAAAAAAUUUCGCGGUAUACCAAAGGAUGAUCCUGCUACGAUGGAAAUUUUAUUAGAAUUAAAACCGAAUAAUCAACAACGACACAAAAAGAACAUUAUGAAACAUUUGUUUAGGAGAAACGCGCUUAUACCGUUUGCAAUAAUGUUGAUUUACUUUUUGUUCCAACAAUUUUCGGGAAUAUUCGUGAUGGUUUAUUACGCGGUUGACAUAGUACAAAGUGCUGGAAUCAAAUUGGAUCCUUAUUUGGGUGCAGUUUUUAUCGGUCUGGCAAGAUUUGCCGGUAGUAUAGUGAUAGCAUUAUUUUCAUCUAAGUGUGGUAGAAGAGUACCUUCGAUUGUUUCUGGAAGUGGCAUGACACUAUCCAUGGGUCUGUUGUCUAUUUAUUUGCUAAUGAAUGAUAAAGGAUACGUCAUCAAUGAUGGCGGUAUAAUACCUGUUAUCUGUGUAGUAACUUACAUAUUUUUAAGCACACUGGGUUUCUUAUCAAUUCCAUUUGCUAUGGUCGGUGAAAUUUAUCCCAGUAAAGUGAAGGAUAUUCUUUCCGGAUUAACAACAUGCAUAACUUAUAUAUUUAGUUCGGUUACCAUUAAAACUUAUCCGAAUAUGUUAUUACUUAUGGGUAAACACGGUGUUUUCUUUUUCUAUGCUGUAGUAUCAUUGUUCGGAACGCUAUUCAUUUUAUUUUUCUUACCCGAGACCAAAGGUAAAUCUUUGAACGAGAUCGAAGAGAUGUUUAAUAAAAAAAUGAUUGUUUCAGAAUCCGAUGGUACCGUUACCAUGGUUUCUAAUGGUAUCGAAAGUAUGCCCGUUGAACAUGUUAAUAUUAAUAGACUUUAAGCACAAUAUAGACUGUUUUUAAUAUUUCCAUUCAAACGCCCCACAGCAUGUGGAAAUUAUUUGAUAAAAGAUAAUAUUUUAAUUGUAAAAAAAUAUAUUAUAAUAUAAUAA